CGGGAGCCGUAGUUCCUCUUCCCCGCGCGAUGCAUGCUGGGAGCCGUAGUCCCUCCCGCCCUGCAGUGUCAGCCUGACCGUCUCUGGGUCAGUCAUGCAGCCGAGUUGGGCUUGUCGGAGAUCUGACGUCUGUAAGGUAAUAGGUUGAGAAACUAUUUGAAAAUUGUAAACAAGCUCCUCCUGUGGCAUUAUUAAAGCAAACAAACAACAGUCAGGAUCUCGAAAUCCUUCGCCAAUAUAGGUUUCCCGGAUUGAAAACUGGAGAGGAUGCCUGAAUCUUUUAAACGGUUUGAUAGAAGAUGGAAAUUGUGUCUUACCUAAAUGCAUGACGAGCAACAUCAGCUGAAAUUCUCCUAUUCUACGCAACCAUUAAAGGGUUGAUCUCUUGAGUUGAGGCCUUUCAGGCUUGCAUGGAUGGGAUGUCUGGGAACUCGGCCCCAAAUGGAGCAUCUGGGAUUUAUCAUGAGCGGCAACGCCUUGAGCUGUGUGCGGUUCAUGCCUUGAAUAAUGUCUUGCAGGAGCGGAUUUUCACCCAAGAGGCAGCUGAUGAGAUCUGUAAAAGGCUGGCCCCAGAUGCCAGGUGGAAUCCACAUCGCAGUUUCCUGGGUACAGGGAACUAUGAUGUUAACGUCAUCAUGGCAGCUCUCCAAAGUGUUGGGCUGGAAGCUGUCUGGUGGGACAAGCGCAGGCCCUUAGAGCAGCUCUCCGUAGCAGGAGUUCUGGGAUUCAUCAUCAAUGUCCCUUCCAACGUGUGCCUCGGCUUCCUAUCUCUUCCAGUGAGGCGCCGCCACUGGAUCGCUGUGCGCCAGCUUGAUGGCAUCUAUUACAAUCUUGAUUCCAAGCUGAAGGCACCUGUUCCGAUUGGCAGCGAAGCUGACCUCAGGGUGUUUCUGCAAGAAGUUUUAUCUGAAGGUCCCUGUGAGUUGCUACUAGUUGUGCCCCAUGAGAUGGGUGAAGCCAGAGACUGGCUCAGCACUGUCAGGUGAUCCCUGGCACACAGGAAUCCAUCCCAGCUGAGCCUCAAGCACUCUUCCUCAACCCCCCUGCGCUGGCUGCUGCAUGUCUUUGUGUCUGUGCAUGGGGAGUAGGAAUGGGAGUGAUGCCCUCCUGUUUACACUGCCACUCUGGGAGCUGAACCAUGAAUUAUAUCCUCCCUUCUCUUACAUGAAAGAAGGGUUCCCAGCUUUCCCCUUGCUUUUGAAAGAUGUGCACUGUGUCGGAACAGUACAGAAUAAAGGUUGCAAUACCAAAUAGAAGAUUUUCCCCUGGCAUCCCCAAUUAUAGCAUUGGAAUAGCCAUCUGGGGUGCUCCAACGGUCUUUUUUUUCUGGACUGAUGGAGUUAUUUGUUUACAAGCAGGACUUGUUGGUAUUACAUCUCUAGACCCCCUAUUUAAUAUCCUACUAGGUUCCUAAUGUGUUUAAUCUGGGAAGUUCUGUGUCUCACUAUUAGGGCUAACAAACAUCUCUGUAUUUUUGUGAAUUUUUUUGUGGCAGCAAGUUCCUUGGAUAGAACAAGACAGUCCUCCCAAAACCCACACCAAGUUUCUGACUUAAAGUUGUCACUCAAGGUUUUGAGUUAGCUAUUCCUAACAUUAUGGAGAAGGCAGAGUUAGAAGUGAGCUGUAUGUGCUGAAAAACCAAAGGUGAUAUUUCAACUCUUGCUUCAGUCAAAGGGACCUUUUCUGGAAGCUGGGGGCUGUUUUACUAAGAGCAGCAGUGGUGUUAGUCAAGUAGAGUGUGUAGAGAGAAAGCAAGAGUGUUUUUAUUCCCUUGGGGCUCACUGGAAAGCAUGAGAUGUUCAAGUGAAAUUGGAAUUAAUGUUUCUGGUGUAGGUGGGAAUGAAGGUGGGAAAAGGACAGGGGAGUUGAGUGUAGAAAUGGGAUGAGCCACUGUGCUAGUAUCCUAGAUCCAAAUGCAGAAAGCAGCGGCAAAGACGAUAAGGUGGCAAAUGCCUGGGCAUGUCCCAAACUUUCUGCUGCUUGACAGUGGACAAGAGGGUGCUUGAAGCCUUGGUUCGGUUGACUGUUCAAUGUUGGCAACUGAACAGAAUCUUGUUGCUGAAUAAAGCAGUUCAAUAAAGAGACUUAAUCUAACAGCUUGGGAAGAAGACUGUUGCUGCUUUUUAGUUUUUCUCAUCCAUGUUGGUUGUUUAAUUCUGACUAGCUGACAGCAACUCCCUGGUGGAAGCUUUUAGUCCAAAAUUGGGGAGAUUGUACCUGUUGAAUUUCUGCUUGUUACACAACCACUUGAAGCAUUAGGACCUUGUAAAGCAAUGAGAAGCAGUGACCCUUUGUGCAAAUUGAAAAUGUUGGUUGCUCUUUUGUUUGUUUGUUUAUUUUUUCUUUUAAAUAAAAGCACUCUGUUCCUCAGGUAGAAGGGUUUGUGAUGCUUCUCUUGAAAGGUCAGAAGCUAGCACAGGGAAUCCACAGGAGGAAGCUACUGCACUGUCCACCUCCUUCUCGUCUAGUUCUUACGCUGUUCGUUUUCCCUGGCACGGAAAGUCCCUUACUCCUGGCGCCUGCCAACCUUGAAGUUCUUUCCCAACCUCAGCAAGGAACAAUCAAUGGUACAAAACAAAUAAAUGUGUAAUGAAGUUUGUGA